AUGGCAAGCACAGUCUCCAACGGAGUCAGCGCUCCGUCGUCUUCGAUCCAGAAGCUGGCUCAGGCAAAUGAGCAGACGUGGUUAUUGAUAGGCCGAGUCGCCGAACAGAUGGGAAACCUGGAGCACGCCCUAUCCGCGUACGAGAAUGCACUGCGUCACAAUCCGAUGUCGCUUCCUGGCCUCACCCAAGUCGCUGGUAUUGCUCGGAUCAAAGAGAAUUACCCGAAGGCUGUGGAUUAUUUUCAACGUGUUAUCAGCAUGCAGCAAGACAAUGGUGAAGUAUGGAGUGCUCUAGGACACUGCUACUUGAUGCAGGAUGACCUCCAGAAGGCUUAUGCGGCCUACCAACAGGCCUUGUAUUUGCUGCCGAAUCCUAAGGACCCGAAGUUGUGGUAUGGCAUCGGCAUCCUGUAUGACAGAUAUGGCUCGUUGGACCAUGCGGAGGAAGCCUUCGCUUCUGUCCUCAAAAUGGACAAGGACUUCGACAAGGCGAAUGAAAUCCUCUUUCGUCUCGGCAUCAUCUACAAACAGCAAGGGAAAUACGCGGAGAGCCUCGAAUGCUUUGACCGCAUACUCCGCAACCCACCGAGCCCGCUUGCGCACGCCGACAUCUGGUUCCAGAUCGGCCAUGUCUUUGAGCAGCAGCGCGACCAUGUACACGCCCGCGAUGCUUACGAACGCGUCGUCAUGGACAACCCGGGUCAUGCUAAAGUUUUGCAGCAACUCGGCUGGCUGUAUCAUCAAGACGGCUCGUCAUUCCAAAACCAGGAGAUUGCGAUUCAGUAUUUGACGAAGAGUCUCGAAGCGGAUCCGACUGACGCGCAGAGUUGGUAUCUGCUUGGCCGGGCGUACAUGGCCGGUCAGAAGUAUAACAAGGCGUAUGAGGCGUAUCAGCAGGCGGUGUACCGUGAUGGUCGCAACCCCACCUUCUGGUGCUCCAUCGGCGUCCUCUACUUCCAGAUCAAUCAAUACCGUGAUGCGCUUGACGCAUACUCCCGUGCCAUUCGCAUCAACCCAUACAUAUCGGAGGUUUGGUUUGAUCUCGGGAGCCUGUACGAGAGCUGCAACAAUCAGAUUUCGGAUGCCAUCGAUGCUUACGCACGUGCUGCGGAGCUCGACCCGAGCAACACUGCUAUCACUCAGCGUCUUCAACUGUUGAGGACAGCGCAGGCCACUGGUAGUGCUUUGCCUGCGGCGCCAGGACCUCAAGAUGUCCAUCCU